CCUUAUACCUAUAGUUUAGGCCCUGUGUCUGUGGGAGACAGCGCCCAAGUGGUCUCCAAAUCUAUUAUGCAUUUCCAAGCUCCCUGCACUUGCCCCUAUUCACCAAGAAUCGUGUGCUAAGCCGAAGCUUCAGGGACAUCCCCGCAAUCUCCACAGCUGGUUUAUAGUGAACCAUCGUUAAGGGACGUGGAUUAGUCCUUCAAGCAUAAAUAUCAUUCGUGGAAUCUCCUAGUGGUGAGAUUAUUAUUCUUGCUUGCGUUAUUCUGUAUUCCCCAGUCUUACUUUUUAUGGUAUAAGUCAAAUAAUCGGCCAACUUAGGUACGGAAUAGCUAUGGUUGCGUGCUCUACUAGGAAACACGCCCGGUGUAAUAUCCUACCGAGGUAGCAACGUACUACGCAAGCCAAGUUACAUAGCUUGUAUUUUAUCCAGGAACUUGCGUAUUAGGAAUUGGAGAAACACUUCUUGAUUGCGGAGUAUUCUACUAUAUAAUGAGGGUGGCCAUAGCCGCAGUACGAAAUAUUCUUGACGCGAUGGAGGUAAGUCAAACGAGGCUUCGCUUUGGGGGUCUUCGAUCACCCACUCCUGAUCCUCGCAACCAUGUCUCCAAUGUGGGCUAGAAGGACUUUUGCGCUUUUGGGUCUCGCCAUCACUGCUUCCGCCCAGAGCUAUUCGAACAGCAACAGCUCAGAAGGAGAUACCGUCGCUGUGAGAUGGAUUGGAGAUACGCCAACACUAAACCCUGGGACUACAUUUGGUCUUCCAUGGUCUCGUAGCAAAUACCAAGCUAAUCAGACUACGUUCACUGGUUCCGGAGGUGAUGGUGAUGACGAGAUACCACUUCAAUCUUGGGUAACGGCUUACUGGCCAGAUGGCUCAAUUAAAUGGACAGGCCACGCUAUUAGCGGCUCCGAAACAGCCUAUGGAGUAUACAGAGUUACUCCGACAACUGUUAAGAACGGGAACACCAAAUCUUCCAAUUCGACCUCCUCGGGAGUGGUUGUCAACGACUCCGAGGGCGAAAUCACCGUCAAUACAGGGAAACUCGCCGCAACGUUUCCUAAAUCUGGAAACGUACUUGUAAGCGCAAUCAAGACAUCGAGCGGAAAGAUCGUCGGACAGAACGGGCAAUUGGUAUUGCGGUCUCAGUCUGGGGUCGAAGACGAAGGUGACGAUACUUCAAUCACCAAAUUCAAUUUUCAAAGUAACAUCGAAGAGGUCGCCGUCGACUUCGAUAAGGAGACUUCAGUGAGGGCAUUGGUGACCGUCCGCGGUAAGCACCAAGCGACAUCAGGGACACAUGACGAUUGGUUACCGUUCGUACUUCGCUUCUAUCUAUAUGCGGACUCAGACGCCAUUCGAAUCGUUCACACGCUUGUUUUUGAUGGAAAAGCCGGUACAGAUUUUGUUACGGGGAUUGGCAUUCAAUUCGAUGUUCCUUUGAAGGGUGAGGAAUUAUAUAACCGACACGUUAGGCUUGCUGGCCCAGACGGGGGUCUUCUUCGAGAAGCUGUACAGGGAAUCACAGGAUUGCGGAGAGAUCCGGGCGAGGAGGUGCGUAGCGCUCAGUUUAACGGCACCGUAACACCUGAUAUUUCGACAUGGGAUACGAGAGUUUCUUCUAGAUUAAAGUGGAUUCCCUCAUGGAACGAUUACAGCCUGUUUCAGUUGUCACCCGAAGGAUUUACGUUGAAGAAGCGGACCAAGGCUGGCCAGAGUUGGGUGAAGAUCCCUGGAGGUACGCAAUCUGGUGGCUUGGCCUACCUUGGUGGCGCUACUCAAGGUGGUCUCGCCGUCGCCCUCCGCGAUUUCUGGAAGCGAUACCCAACUGGCCUCGAUAUCUCAAAUACGGCUGAGGAUUCAGGUCAGAUAACUCUGUGGCUUUAUAGUCCAGCUGCUGAACCGAUGGAUCUUCGGCCCUUCCACGACGGCUUGGGAGAGGAUACGUACGCCGAUCAACUUGAUGCACUCGAGAUCACUUAUGAGGAUUACGAAGGAAGUUAUAAUACACCAUAUGGCAUCGCUCGAACUAACGAAGUAUUCCUAUUCCCAUUCGAUCAAACGCCGUCCGCCGACACCUUAUCCACUUUGACAGGGCUUGCAAAUGAACCACCAGCACUUGCAUCGGACCCUGAAUAUAUCCAGCAGACAAAGGCGGUAGGGUCUUACUGGGCCACAAUCCCUGAAAACUCAACCAGUGCAGCGCAGACAAUUGAAACUCACCUAGAAUUUUUGAUCAGGUACUACCAGGACCAGAUCGUUCAGAGACGAUGGUAUGGAUUCUGGGACCAUGGCGACAUAAUGCACACCUAUGACGAAGACCGCCACACAUGGCGCUAUGACGUCGGAGGCUAUGCAUGGGAUAACUCCGAGCUCUCGCCCAAUCUAUUCUUUUGGAAUUACUACCUGCGCACGGGUAGAGCAGAUGUGUACCGCUUCGCGGAGGCACAUGCAAGACAUACCGGCGAGGUCGACGUAUACCAUAUCGGACCAUUCAAAGGAUUUGGUACUAGACAUGGCGUUCAACAUUGGGGUGAUUCCUCUAAACAGAUUCGCGUCUCAACCCCCAUCUACCGCCAAGUAUUCUAUUACCUAUCGGGUGGUGAUGAGCGCGUUGGUGAGCUUCUUCACGAACUUAUGGAUGCCGAUCAGGCUUUCCUCACAGUAGAUCCGCGACGCAAGGUCCGUCAAGAUAACGGCACUUACGUCAUCGACCCAACAGCCCUAGAUCUCGAUCUCGGUCUCGACUGGUCCGGGCUUGCAGCGACUUGGUUCAUAGAGUGGGAGCGUCGUGGCCCGCGAUGGGAAGAAGCGCGAUCAAAGCUCAACAUCAGUAUGCAUAGUAUCGCCAACCUGACGAACGGCUUCGUCACCGGCCUCGGUCUCUACAACUUGUACACGGGGCAAAUCGCGCCCCCAGAAACCGACCCCCAGAACCUUGGAAAUGUCACAGUAUCUCAUUUGUCCGCAAGCUUCGGGCUGCCAGAGAUCAUCUCACAAAUUACAGAUUACUUAGGUGACGACUUACCCGCCAGUUUCGAGCGCGUCUGGUUGGAUUAUUGCUAUUACUACGGGGCUGGCGCGGUGGAGCAGACGGCGCGUUACGGUGUCAGCUUCGGUAGUCUGAAUCUGAAACAGGGUCACUCUCGACUGACGGCAUAUGCGGCUAAGAAGUUAGGCAACUCGACAUUGGCAGCACGCGCGUGGAACGAGUUCUUCAACACCGACGGGCUAUCCCCGAGUCUGUCCUGGGCUAGCGAGUCACUGAAUGGAAGUGAUGUCUUAGUUCCGGUUGACGAAGCAGCGUGGUUGGCGACAAAUGAUGCUGCACUAUACGGGUUAGCAGCGAUUGAGAAUCUAGCCCAGGUUUCGUACGCCUUAGAGGGGUAGUUGGGUUUUAUGGUAAAAUACCUAGGUAUUCAUUAAGCCUGACUAGUUAGUAAUGGGCCCUAGAUAGGUAACUAGGAGUGUAUGGCUACCUGAUAUUCGGUUGUGUCACUAUUAAUAUAAUUAAUGUCUACCUAGGUAUAGUGUGCCGAGCAUAUGGUAAGCUAUUGUUCAACGAAACAAUGGCAAUUACUCCGCAAUCAGGCCGCCGCAUCUCUCUAGCACAAUAUGAGGACCCCAAAUCUCCAGAAAGUAAUAUUAAUUGGAGAACUCAAGCGUCCGCUGCCAAUUUAUAACAUCCCAGAUCAUCUUCGUACUACAACUUUGUGGUUCUCGAUCGUGAACCGACGACGGAACUUUUCGUGAAGGUUGCGCUCGCAACCGAACCCAGGGCAUGGCUCAUCGGUACCCAAGGCGCGUUCAAUCUUCUGAAUGUCCUCAUCUGAUUGCGUGGCUCCGUUCUCAAUAAAGACUGAGUAUUUCCACAACCCUUGAAACGCUAUCGUACCGAGUGGAUUGUCUGGGACAACCCAUACCCCAUAGAAAUAUAUUUAGCGGCGUUCGACCAAUAGAAUCAACCGCAUUUACAUCAGCACCAAGAUCUAUGAGACGCUGUAUGUAAGCAACGGGAAGACAGUCGUUUUCAGAAUCCCCGAUGAUGAAGUAAUCGUCCAUAAGAUGUCGGUUCGCGAUAUUGUGCAAACCUAGCGACGAGAAGUAUUAAUAUAUAAACCCGCCAAUAUCAGCGC